CCCACAUUCAGCAUGUGUUGCGACCACGGCAAGGUGCGGGUCCCUCUUGCCCGUGACCCACCUGCUGCCCUCCGCAAGCUCUUUGAAGAUACAAGCAAGAGGGGCAAGGAAUUCCAUGCCAAUAUCCGACAAUACAAUGCCGCGCUUGCAUUCACGUCACUCGGGGUCAAGAUUGACGAUACAGUCAACAGCGGCCAAGGGCCGUACGCCUUCUGGAUCCACGGGGAACUAUAUCACCGAAUGGGGUCACUACUCCCCGUUCAAGGUCAUGUACCAUUGUAUGCCCAGUUGUAUAUACACAAUCCAUCUGCUGCGCUCACUAUGCGCAUGCAACAGAACCUGAAUCUAUCGAGGGAUACCAUGUCAUUGCUGCAGGUUGUGUUGGCUGAGCAUCACCCUUACUCCCAGGUCUACAAGCAAGCAUAUGAGAUCCUGGCUGAGCAGGGUGACACCGAGGAUGUGUCAAUCCAUCUCUGUGUCAACAAGUCUCGCGAUCGACGGCAAUAUAACCUCCUGACUGUGGACAAAGUUGCAGUGGUCUUACCCGGGGAUCGCUCUCAUCUGACAGACAGCCAUGACAUCAUCAUCUGCAAGGGAUCCGGCCCUCUUCAGCGCAUCAGCGAUGGUCAUCCGGCAUAUGCGUGCCUCCAUUAUGUCCUGCUGUUUCCU